AUUUAUGAGUCGCCUGCCAACACUCUAAAACCCAGAGUCACGGAAGCUGGAUGCAUUCUCGCGUGAUCCUGUGUCUGAAAAGAGAUUUUAACGAUGGAUUGAAGCAUCGCAGUAUAUGUUGCUUCCACUUCUUAUCGGGUCGGCUGUUCAAGUGGUGAGUAUCUCCUGCUACUGAUUGCCUUCGCUGGAGCCUCACAUGAGAAGCAAUUUUCGUGUCCACUCCUGUGGGGAGAUUAUCUUGGAGCCACGAUUGCUGAUGGGGGGAUGCAGCAGCAUUCGGAGUGCUGGUACACUGCAGAACAAUCAACAAGCUGACAUGUUCUGUGCUCGAUUGGGCCAAAUCUUAUCAUCUUUCAUGGCAGAGGAGUUGUCUGGACGCCAACAGAGAUCCAGAAAUAAGAAGAAUUGUACAGAUGAAUCAGCCUCUGUGCACGCACCUCAAAGCGGAUGAGGCAGGCAGCGAUGUGUCGUCGUCGUCGCCACUGAGACGGACUUUUGUACUUGGCAGCCGUGAGCUGUCCUUUGGCUUGUUGCGAUUGGCAGAUCCAUGGCGUCAAGAUCAUCCUACAUUAAUGUGUGAUCUUCCCUGCAGUAAAGUGGAAGACCUCUGGAAAAUAUUGAGAACUACCAUACUUGGUCUCUGGCAUCAUCCUGCAUGGGGAGGGGAUUACAUCAUUGCAAGGGGGGGAAGAAGGAAGGAGAAAGAAGCAGAGGAGGAGAAGAAGAGAAGGAAGAGGAGCACUGCAGGAUCCCUUCCCCAAAAGAAAAGACUGCAAUCAGUGAGGCAACCAUGGCAGGUCUGUGGAUGAUGCAGGUCCACAUCCAGUGAUGGUGCUCAGCUCAAAAUAUCCUCAAUGGAGUGGAUGACAUUCCAAGUGCUUCACCUACUCUGGUCAAUCCAUUGCCAACUGUUCCUUUCCACAAUAUGAUUUAUGUUGAUGCAUCUGAUCAUAUGUGAUCAAGCAUCCCUCUUACUAUGUAGCAGUAAACCUCCAUUGAUAUGGGAAAAGUGUUCUCAAGUCUCAACUACUUUCUUAAAAAAAAAAUCUCUUUUCUCUUUUUUUCUUUUUUUGUUGGUCAAAGGGAGUGAGGCCUUAAGAUGUUGCAUAUAUUAUACA